ACUGGUUUGAAUGUUGAUCAAUAUAUAUAUAUAUAUAUUGAGAUAUUGGAUAGUUCUUGUCACUAUUUUUUAUUAAUAAAUUUGACACCUAGCUAUAUAUAUAUGGAGGCGAAGACGUUUGUGACAAUAAUGGCUUCUUUUGUGAUUGGUGUGAUUUUUGGUUUAUGCGGUAAAUUCUCCAUAGAUAUGAAGUUCAAUCCUCCUCCAACCAGCGAAACGCUUCUCGGAAAUCCCGGAGUUGUACGAACAUAUGUUCCAGUGACAUCGUCCUCUCCAAAGAAGGGGUCAGGCAACAAAGCAAGUUCUUUUUUACAUCGAUCUGAUAGCAAUGUUGGCGGCAAGACGGACGGUAUUAACGGUAAGAGGAAACCAGAAAAUAACACAACUAAAAUUAAAGAAACCUUAGACCAAGAGUCAAUGCUGAACGAACCCAAUAGAAAUCCAACGUAUGUGCUCCGAAAUAGCGCUUUGUGGCACCAAACAAACGUUAUGAUUGAUGAACUACCGCUUGAAGUGGGAUUUCAGCCUGAAAUGGAUGAAGAAUUUCCAACGAUUCCAAACGGUAAACCGCGGAUACCUCACAAUGUUCACCAAAUGUGGAUAAAACAGAAUAACACCAGUUACGGGGAAAAUACUUCAGACUUAUCGGUACCUGACACUUACGUGGAUAAUAUGCAGUCUUUUAUGAAGCACAAUCCACACUGGAAAUACUAUUUUUGGACGCACAGCACUGCUCGUCAGCUCAUAGCUGAUAAACAUCCCUACUUACUCGCGUUCUUUGACAAUGCAACCGAGGCUGUUGUUAAGGCAGAUCUGACACGUUAUGUUGCCAUAUACGAGAUUGGGGGACUUUAUGUUGAUUUGGACACAGCUUGUCUUAGACCACUGGAUAUUGUCACAAAGAAGUACUCUUGCAUGUUGGUGCUAGCCCCUUUUGAAAAUGCUGCCUGUAUGUCGAAUCGACCAUAUCAGAUUUGCAAUGGAGAGUUUUUCUGUAAGCCUAAACAUCCUUUCUUCAAACAAAUUCUACAAGAAAUUGGAAGAAAAAAGUUAAACGCCAAAAAUCAACUUAUUAUUGGCCCAGGUUUCAUCACAGGUCAAUAUCGCAUCUACCAAAAUAUUAGCGAUAAAGAACAAUAUAGAGUAGAUAUUCAUCAAAAUACCACAACACCAUUUAUGUACAAAGGUGCACUGCCAGACACGGACGAGGCUGGAAUAUAUAUUCCGAACACAAGAUACUUUCUUGAUCAGCCGCACCCAAUUUUGAAAGUCGGUGUAAGAAAACGGUGCAGCAAUGUGACUGCUCAUAACACUCUUGUGAAGAGAAUGUGUGCAAUUGUUGAAACACGAGGCUUUGUCAGAGAGCCGGGGCCCUUUACAUUUCUUACUCACGCUUAUUCCUAUUCGUUCAGUAAAGUUAACCAAAAAAAGAAUAAAACAUACAUUCUUGUCCGUGAUAUCAUUCCAAGUUUUAUUACCUAUAAAAUAAAGAGAGACGUAUUAGGAUAGCUUGUUAAAGCUGCAUUCUCACAGACUGAACGUUAUGACAACUUUUGUAUUUGUUGUCUUUGAACGAGCCAAUUUUUGUGGGAUUCCAUGGAAACCAGUUAUAUAAGAUUGCUGCCAAAAAUUAGAUCGCAGAUUUUUUAUUGAAGUUAAAAAAUGAUGUUUUAUGCAUUUUCCUAACGGUUUAAGCCAUAAAACAUUAAAUUUGGAACGGAAAUAUGAAAAUCUACGGUCUGAUUUUUUGUCAGCAAACUGAUAUCAUUGGUUUGCAGAUAUUUAUGGAAAAAUUUGCUAUUUCCAAGACAAAAAUAAAAAAAAAUAUUGUAAAAAUGAUAUAUCUGUGAGA